CACGAGAAGCGGGAGAUGCAGAAGGAGAUCCUGUCCGUGCUGGGCCUGCCGCACCGGCCCCGGCCCCUGCACGCCUUGCAGCAGCAGGAGGCGGCCGAGGCGCCGCUGCCCCGGCGGCAGGAGCCCCCGCUGCCCGCCCUGGGCCGCCUCAACUCGGCGCCGCUCUUCAUGCUGGAUCUGUACCACGCGCUGCCCAGCGAGGAGGAGGAGCAGCCCGGGGACGGAGGGCCGGCGGCGACCCCCAGCGCGCAGCCCCUGCCCCGCAGGACGCUCCUGGGCCACCUGCCCAGCGCCCAGGACAGCGCCUUCCUCCACGACGCCGACAUGGUCAUGAGCUUCGUCAACCUGGUUGAAUAUGACAAGGAGUUCACACCUUAUCAGCGACACCACAAGGAGUUCAAAUUUAAUUUGUCUCAGAUUCCUGAAGGAGAGACAGUUACUGCUGCUGAGUUCCGAAUCUACAAAGACUGUGUCUUCGGAGGCUUUAAAAACCAAACUUUUCUGAUUGCCAUCUAUCAAGUCUUACAAGAACAUCAGAACAGAGAUUCCGAUCUGUUUUUGCUGGAUACCAGAGCGGUCUGGGCCUCAGAAGAAGGCUGGCUGGAGUUUGACAUCACUGCCACCAGUAACAUGUGGGUGAUAAACCCCCAGCAUAACUUGGGACUCCAGAUGAGUGUGGUGACGAGAGAUGGUCUCAGUAUAAACCCUAAAGAAGCAGGACUAAUAGGCCGAGAUGGCCCAUAUGACAAACAGCCUUUCAUGGUGGCCUUUUUCAAAGUGAGCGAGGUUCAUGUUCGAACAGCAAGGUCAGCCACCAGCACACACAGGCAACAGAGUCGGAACCGCUCCACCCAGCCUCAGGAUGUUUCCAGAGUAUCCAGCAGCACAGAUUACAACAGCAGUGACUUAAAAACAGCUUGCAGAAAGCAUGAACUUUACGUUAGCUUUCAGGACUUGGGAUGGCAGGACUGGAUAAUUGCACCAAAGGGCUAUGCAGCAAACUACUGUGAUGGAGAAUGUUCUUUUCCACUUAACGCUCACAUGAAUGCCACCAAUCAUGCCAUUGUACAAACUUUGGUUCAUCUUAUGAAUCCGAAGUACGUUCCUAAACCAUGCUGUGCCCCAACAAAACUUCACGCAAUAUCAGUUCUUUACUUUGAUGACAAUUCCAAUGUCAUUUUGAAAAAAUACAGGAAUAUGGUGGUAAGAGCAUGUGGGUGUCACUGA